AAUUCCUAACCCUAGAUCCGGACACCGCCGAUUUCUAAUCCAGUGGACGAAUUCACAGCGUUCUUUCCUAAUCCGCUGGCGACCACCGUCGAGAGCUGUUCUUCUCCAUCGAUUUCUCAUCGGCAGCGACGAAACCCCUAGCCUCAGCUGGAGCAGCUUGAUAGUCUCGUGACUACUCUGCCAAUGAUUCAAGAUAUGCACACCUUGUUGUUCGGGAAGGUUUCCAAUUGGGGGAGUCAACUUAAUCCAACGUGCGGGCGCACUGUUUACCGAAUACAUAUGGUAUCGGCAGAGGAGUCCUCCAGCGUUUGCAGCCUUUGUUUGCAGUUGUUCGACCCGAAUAUCACAGGCACAGGGUCCUGUCAAAGUCCUGACUCCUGACCAAGGCCAGGAGAAGUAAUUAGUUGAUUUUGAGUUCAGCCAGAAAUCUUAGUUAUUCUUAGUGUG